UGCUCAUGCUCCUUGGCACUGCUGAAGGUCAGUUGAAGCUCACCUCCGAGCAGAAUGCCAUCAGCCUCUCCCCUGGCAAGUACCGCCACUUCGACCGUGCCACCAACAAAGAGCUGAUCUGCGACAAAUGUCCUGCAGGAACCUACGUGUCUAAACAUUGCACGAAGAGUACCUUAAGAGAGUGCAGCCCUUGCCCAGAUGGGACCUUUACUAAGCAUGAGAAUGGCAUAGAGCGGUGCCACCCUUGCAGAAAACCCUGUGAACUGCCAAUGAUUGAGAAAACUCAUUGUACUGCCUUGACUGACCGCGAGUGCACUUGCCUGUCCGGUACGUUUCAGACAAACGAUACCUGCGUCCCUUACACAGUGUGCCCGGUUGGCUGGGGCGUCCGCAAGAAAGGAACCGAGACGGAAGAUGUUAGGUGCAAACCGUGCCCUCGUGGUACCUUUUCUGAUGUGCCUUCUAGUGUGAUGAAGUGCAAAACAUACACUGACUGCUUUGGGAAAAACAUGGUGGUCAUCAAGCCAGGGACAAAGGAGAGUGACAACGUCUGUGGUUCUCCAGCGUCUCUUCCGAACACGUCUUGGACUUCAUCGAGCACCGAAGCAAGUGAAGAGCCCUAUGAAGUUCCACCGACUGCUCAUCUUCCCAAAGGUUUGAACUCUUCAGUUCCUGAUUUUGUCCCUUCUCCUGCGCUGCACGCAUCCAGCGGCACGGCAGAGCCAGCGGGCUACUACAACGAAACCUCGGCCAACGAGACGGACGACACUGGUGGGACCCUUGCAGGCUCUGGUGCCGCUGGCCAGGCACAGAGCUACCGGCACAAGCAGGCCAGCCAAGCACUGGAGAAGCAGCCAUCGCUGGAGAUGGCAGGGGGUGAGAAGUCCAGCGUCCCAUACAGGCCCCCCCGGCGAGGUCCACAGAACAACCACCAGCACUUUGACAUCAACGAACACUUGCCAUGGAUGAUUGUCCUCUUCCUGCUGCUGGUCUUGGUGGUUAUUGUCGUCUGCAGCGUCAGGAAGAGCUCACGGACUCUGAAGAAGGGACCCAGGCAAGAUCCCAGUGCCAUUGUGGAAAAAGCUAUUAUGAAAAAGUCCACCACCCCCACGCAGAACAGGGAGAAGUGGAUCUAUUACUGCAACGGGCAUGGCAUCGACAUCCUGAAGCUGGUGGCAGCCCAGGUGGGGAGCCAGUGGAAGGACAUCUACCAGUUCCUGUGCAACGCCAGCGAGCGCGAGGUAGCAGCUUUCUCCAAUGGCUACGCGGCCGACCACGAGCGCGCCUACGCCGCCUUGCAGCACUGGACCAUCCGCGGGCCUGAGGCCAGCCUGGCCCAGCUCAUCAGUGCCCUCCGCCAGCACCGCCGCAAUGACGUGGUGGAGAAGAUCCGAGGCCUGAUGGAGGACACCACGCCGCUGGAAGCUGACAGACUGGCGCUGCCGGUGAGCCCCAGCCCGCUCAGCCCCUCGCCCAGCCCCAGCCCCAAGCCCCCCGAGGCGACCGUCCUCACCGUGGAGCCCUCUCCUUCGGAGAAGAAAUGCUUCUUCGUCGACGAAGCAGAGCCCCUCCUGCGGUGUGACUCGACCUCCAGCGGCUCCUCCGCGCUCAGCCGGACAGGCUCUUUUAUUACCAAAGAAAAGAAGGACACCGUCCUGCGCCAGGUGCGCUUGGACCCUUGCGACCUGCAGCCCAUCUUCGAUGACAUGCUGCACAUCCUCAACCCCGAGGAGCUCCAUGUGAUAGAGGAGAUCCCGCAGGCUGAAGACAAGCUGGACAGGCUAUUUGAGAUCGCCGGAGUCAAGAGCCAGGAAGCCAGCCAGACCCUCCUGGACUCUGUCUAUAGCCACCUUCCCGACUUACUGUAGGCACUGGGUCACCAUGCACUCUCUGAAUAUCUGCUAGAGCUAGCUUGGCACUCGUUAAGAUGACCGACAAUACGCAGGCAGAUUUUGUUGUAGAAUAUAUGGCCAGUAUUUUCAUUGAGGUGUCCUUGGUUUCUGGAGGGGGGGCAGUUUGCCAGCGUUGCACCCCUCCACCUUAACUCUUUUUGCUCAGUCCAAGUCUUUGCACCCUCUGUCCCCUUUCCGAGUCUCUGUCCUUGUUCUCAUUCCAAUCAGAUCAGUCAAUGCACUUUAAAAAAA